GCCAAAGUUCUGAUCUUCGGAGUUUUAACUCGUCCCAUCAUGCACUGCUGAAGUGGGUCCAAAAUGGCGGACGUCAAAUGAUGUGUCGGACACUUUCUCUCCAAAAACUCCGCCGAUUUGAAGCGUUUUGAGUCUGUCUUACGGUGUCCGUGACCACCAGAAGACAAGGACAGGACAGGAGUGUCAGACAGACAUCAGCUGGAGCAGUGAGGAGCCCAGAGCCUGCAGACACAGCCUUACGUCACUGCAGGGAUCGUGGCAGCCUUAUCAUGCAACAUGUCUUCCAGCACAAGGCCUAGAAAGGGAUCAUCGGGAGGGGGAGCAGUGAGAAGUGCUGUGGGCAGGAAACAGCUUCCUCCCGUCCCCCCAGGGGCAGGGGCCUCAGACACCACCCCCAGGGCUUCGGACAGAAGGUCCACCCAGGACUCAUCUCCCAAUGGCAUCCCCCAGUCAUACGGACCCUUCUUCUUGGAAUACUCACUUAUGGCAGAAUAUAAUUUGUUGCAGAGACAGAGAAUACCGGGGAUUUAUGUCAUCCCAUCUGCCAAGUCACCACUCUUCUGGUUUGGUGUGGUGUUUGUGAGACAAGGUCUGUUCCAAGAGGGAGUGUUCAAGUUCUAUGUCAUCGUACCAGACAACUACCCAGACGGGGACUGUCCUAGGGUGAUAUUUGAUCCUCCCAUCUUCCACCCUGUGGUGGACAUAGAGACAGGAGAGUUAGAUGUCAAGAGGGGCUUCACAAAAUGGAGGCGGAAUGUCAAUCACAUCUGGCAAGUGCUGCUGUAUGUAAGAAGAAUUUUCUACAAGAUAGACACGAAAAAUCCACUCAACCCAGAGGCUGCUGUGCUGUAUGACAAAGAGCUGGACGUGUUUAGGAGAAAAGUCACAGAGACAAUCCGCAGGUGUAACGAGCACCUUUACGAUCCGCCUACAACAGACGACCCACAUGCAAUCAGAUUUACUACUUGGGACCCUUCUGUACAUGAGGAUGCAAAGAAACAAGUCCUGAGUCCAAAGAACCUUAAUUCAGUGCCGGACACGGACGACUCCCCGCCCGGAGUCAGCAGCAGAGAAACCAAAAGCCAAGGAAGCGAUCUGAGAGCGAGACAAAGAAUGCCCAGACCUCAGGCCUUUCCUGGGUCAAGCCAGGCUCCACUAAAGCCUUCAGCCGACAGGAAGCCUCGUCUUAGCGAGGCGCGGAAGGUCAAGGAGACGACGUCGGGCAGCCUGGUGAUCACCACACUGACCAGAGACGUAGCCGACACAUAGAUAGGUAGAGAACGAUGUAGGCAGGUAAAGUUGUAAGCGCGGAGGAAGAAAGGACAGUGGUUUUACCCAAUGGUUUUUAGGAAACGAUUGAAGCCCCUUUGUGAAAGUUAUUUUAAAAGGAAUAGUCCUUUGUUUACAGUCCUCUUUCCCCUGUUUUAACUGUGACCUCAGCAAACAACAAUGCAUAGGUAAUACAUGAUUUUUGCCAUCAUUAGUACCAUAUGUAAAAAAUAAGGGCUGUUCCAUUUGAGAGCACAAAAUUUCUUCCCCCUUUCAACAUCCAUGAAGCAUCCUCUUUCAGUAAAAAGAUAUCCUGACCAACCCUUCUCAGCUUAAAUCGAAGAUACCAAAUUCAAUGGCAAUAGGUAUUCAGUAUCUGUGUCAAAGUUACAUGUUAAAACUGGAGGACUGAUGAACAAGACUAUUUGGUGUACUUACAAAUAGGGGUAACUUAGGAUAGGUAACAGAGAAUGAAGGAAAUUGAAGCAGAGGUCUUUUUGGCCACAGCUUUUAAGAAUAUGCUGCAACUUUACAGAAUGAAAUGAUGAAUGUAACAGGUAGAUAUGCUAAAGAAAGGAUGAAGGGAAGUUGUGGCCCAGGAGAUGUGUUAUGGAAGUGCAGUAAAGGCUUGGUGAUGUGCAGUCAACUGAAUUCUGUAUGUAAAGAAUCUAAUGAAGAAGAAGAAAAAAAUGGUGCAUUUUACCAGCAGUGGAAACUGGAAUCACAAAAGAACUAAUAACUCCUGCACACAUAGAGGCAGGGUAUGGGCUCUGAGAGCCUCCCAUUCAUUAUACAUAAACAAUUAAACAAAAAAUAUAGGUAAGCAUAUACAGAUUGAUGCUAUUGUUGAAAAGCUUUGGUAAGAAUACUAAGUACAAUAAGAAUGACCUGACAUGUCUUUGUUUAUAAUGUUAUAGAACAGUUUGUGGAAACAGUUUGGGUUGUGCUAUGAUAUAUAUCGUAUUAUUUCCAUUGCUGAAAUGUACAUGUAACAUACAACCAACAUUGUAUGCAAGUAAUAACCUCAAGUCAAGAAGAAAAGAAAUGGCCAAGUUUGCAAAACUGCCAUCAGCCAAGGCAUAAUUCUAUGUGCAAGCAUUACAUAUAUAGAAGGUUUUACUAACUGGUGAGUGUGAAACCAUAGUAGUAAGUUGUUAGCAUAAAAAAAGUAUCAUUCCUAUUAAACAUGACUGUUUUUACAGUUCUAGAAAAAAAUAUAUGGGGAAAUCAAAAGUACUGCUGCUGCCAAAAAUGAACUAGGUAACUACUUCCCAUCACAGAUAUAACCAUCAAAUAUUCCACAAAAACAAUCCUUGACUGUGCUCGUUUCACUGUUAUGUCCUUAAUAUUGUUUCUGCCAACAAUUGCAGAUUGAUAUUGUGUGGGCACCAUCCUUUUUAGCUGACGCUUGCUUCCAUACUGACACAGAACAAGUUGGUAUGGGUGAGAAUGAAAGUCAGUGCAAACUGAAAAGAGGAUGGUGCCCUUGCUUAACACGAAGACCAUUUAUGUAUCUGGAGAAGAAGGCUUGAAGGAGGAAAAUUAUAGAUCUAAUAUCUUAAAGCACCCCUAUAACAAAGCCUCUGUGCUGGAGUUGCCACAUGUAUAACUUCAACCUUGUUUAGGCUCAUCAUUCCAUUUUGAAACUUACAGAAAACAUCUGAAUGAUUUGAAUUGUGGUAUUUUCCAACAUUUUGUAGGGUUGUACAAAAAAAGUGUCAAGACACUCUGGUUUUUUUAGUACAUGCCAAAGCACACCAUUGUAAGCACAAUGUAUAAUAGAUGUUCUCACGUAUAUUUCUAAUACCAAUAUCUCAUUGUAAAUAACAUGAAAAUUAUUUAAAUUGAUUUUAAAAUGCUCACAGGUGUAUGGAGAGUACCGUCAUGCUUUAGAUAUUGAAAAUGAAUUUUUGUAACCUAUUUUUAUUGGGCUUGUUGUGUAGCCAUUUGUAAAUGUUGCAUGCUCUCAGCCAUUAUUUAAUAAUUGUAUUUAUGCCAUUGAUGCUUCUUCAUUAUUACAAUUUGUGACUCUAUGUACUGAUGUUACCCAGGAUAGCAGGUUUUAUCAUGUGUAUAGGAAAACUUGAAUGCUGGAAAUUUGGAGAAACACUGACAGUCUGGAAACUCUUUUUUACUGUUUGAAGUUGAAGAAUAUCCCAAUUUCAAAGUUAUGACAACAAUAAAAUGGUACAGAGAUAUACUCUUACAGUUCAUAGAAUUGAUGUUUUACACGUAAAACUUUAUGUUUAGCAUAAAGAUAAAACUUCAAGUGACUUCAAGUUUGUUAAAUUUUCCAAACUGCCAGUGUCUUUCCAGACCUUAACUCGCCAGUGUUACUGUAACUUCAAGAAGUGAAUUUUUACACUAUAUUGUAUUACAGGCAAUUAAGCUUUGGGUAGCACUGUCUUUUGGGACAAUGUGUUGAAUUUUCCAUUUUAUUAAUUGCACUUCUGAGACUAAAAGAGAAUGAAUGAAAUGCUUUACAUAACCAAGCCUUUCAAUAUGAUACCUCAUAAUUGACUUGAAUAACUAUGCUUUUGGCAGGGUUGAGUAUAGGUUUGAAUAACCUUGCCUCUUGUAGAGGUAGUUAUGGUAUUAGAAGGGAUGUGUAAGUUUUAGCAAUGCAAUGUUUUAUCCAGAAAUCGUUUUUAACUCCCUUGCUGCCUUUGGAAGGUUAGUUUGUUAAAGAAGGUGCGUAGGGCAGGUAUGUUGUGAAACAUGAGAAGCUUUUAAAGGGAAAGUAACUGACUUGAGAAGGUGAAGUAGAGUGCCUUUCCUGAGAAAUUGAGGCUUGUUUUAAGGCUACUUUUAUGCAUUGUAUCACAAUGAAUAUUUUCAAUUAAAAAUGGUGUUUCUUACUUUGA